AUGUCCCACCACGACGAGCCCGCCGACAACGAGGGCCUCCGACCGGAGCAGAACACCCAGACCAGCGAUGUGCUCCGUCGCCCUUCGAUCGUUUCGGCACGAACACUCUCCGACUCAGGACGUCGCAUCUCCUCACAACAUGUCCGGUUCUCAACAGAUGUCGACCGCCCCUCGGCUGAGGAACAACGACAGAGCAACUGGGACCGUCGUCCCAAUUCCCGCGGCUUGAUUGUCGACACGGCGCUGGCGCCUCCGUCUGCUCAGCCCGCUGGCCGCUCGCCCACUUCGCCGCUUUCGCCUAAUACCCAGACCGCAAAUGCGAACGCAAAUGCAAAUGCUACCCUCUCUCCGACCUCCCCACAGGGUCCUGAGCCCGCCGGUCGGUCUCGAUCGCGAAACCGUGGUUAUUCGCUGCGUCGCACUAUUUUUAAUAAAACUAUUCACUCGAGUACGGAACCGGACGACCUUGCCCUGGCUGAGCUGGGCGAGGCCAAGGAACCUCCUGUGGAGGUGGCCUCAGCUCCAGCUCAGGCUGUUGACGGGAUUGUAUCCGAUGAAAAAAAUGCGCUAAGCUUCGCACCAACGACGACGCUGGAUUCGCAGCAUAAGGAGGAGGUUUCGACAUAUGUCUCUUCUGAGCCCUCAGAGAAGGGCUUCAAGAGCUUUUCUAUGCCUGUGGCGCAUCAGAGUUGGGUCGCGAGAAAGAGUGCUGUUGAGUCGCGUGUUCAGGAAGUUUUGACUACUGUUCAGAAAUUCAUUUUGCGUAUCAAGGAUGUCCCACCCACGAAGGAUGGUCGCCAUCUUGACUUGAACCCUUUGGAAAUUGAUACUAUGAUUGACGAGCGCACCAACAAGCCUUACAUUGGUAAUUCGAUUCGCUCUAGUCGGUACAAUCUUUGGAGUUUCUUUCCUCGUCAGCUGUUUGCUCAGUUUACCAAGGUGGCAAAUUUCUACUUCCUGGUAGUUGCGAUCCUGCAGAUGAUCCCUGGUCUGAGUACGACUGGAACAUACACCACCAUUGUCCCGCUUCUGAUUUUCGUUUGUAUCUCGAUGGGCAAGGAAGGAUUCGAUGACUGGCGUCGGUAUCGACUCGACAAAGAGGAGAAUAACCGGGACGCUUUCGUGCUCCGUCCGAACCAUGGCACGAUCGCGGAUGGUGCUUCGAUCACGAGCAAUGCUCAAGACUGGGCAUUGAUCAAGUGGAAGGAUAUCCGUGUUGGCGAUGUUAUCAAACUUGAGCGUGAUCAGCCGAUUCCUGCUGAUAUUGCUCUCCUCCAUGCCAGUGGACCCAAUGGCGUGGCCUACAUCGAAACCAUGGCUCUUGACGGAGAGACGAAUCUGAAGAACAAACAGCCAUGCCAGCCCGUGUCGAAGCUGUGCUCGACAGUCGAAGAUAUCACCAGCAAUUCGUUGCAUUUCGUCGUUGAGGACCCAAACUUGGAUCUCUAUAAGUUCGAUGGACACGUCACUGUCAAUGGCCAAGAGAAGCUACCAUUGACUAACAACGAAAUCGUCUACCGGGGCAGUAUCAUUCGGAACACUGAUCGCGCCCUCGGCAUGGUAAUCUACACUGGUGAAGAGUGCAAGAUUCGCAUGAACGCCAAUAAGAACCCGCGUAUCAAGAAGCCUGCGCUCCAGGACAAGGUCAACCGUGUUGUCAUGCUGAUUGUGUUUUUGGUUGUCAUUCUGGCUGUUGUCUGCACGGUUGCCUACAAAUACUGGUCGCAAGACGUGGAAAGCAAAUCUUGGUAUCUGAUCGACGCCCGCGUCGAGUACGGCCCCAUUUUCACCUCGUUCCUCAUUAUGUUCAACACCAUGAUUCCCAUCUCGCUGUACGUCAGUAUGGAAAUCGUCAAAGUUGCGCAGAUGCUCCUUUUGAACGACAUCGACAUGUACGACCCUGAAACCAAUACACCUCUCGAAGCCCGCACUUCCACUAUCAACGAAGAACUCGGUCAAGUCAGCUACAUUUUCUCUGACAAGACUGGUACCCUGACAAACAAUUCGAUGCGUUUCCGUAAGAUGAGUGUUGCCGGUACCGCCUGGUUGCACGAUACCGAUCUUCAAGAGGAAGCCGCCCGCGAAGGAGACCAGACCAAGUUGAUACACAAGAAGCGAACCGCCAAAGGAAAGAAGGCCAUGGGCCGCAAGUCCAACGUUUCAGAGAUGCACAUGGGGCCCCGCCCAUCGAAUGUAUCUGGCGCUCUUGAUGCGAUCCGCCAACCUGGUCGUUCCGCUACUACUCACCGCACCGAGGAAAUGAUUGAAUAUAUCCAACGCAAGCCAUACACGAUCUUCGCCCGCAAAGCUAAGCUUUUCAUCCUGUCCAUGGCCCUGUGCCACACUUGCAUUCCUGAGAAAGACGAGCAUGGUGUCACCACUUUCCAGGCUUCCUCGCCGGACGAGUUAGCCCUUGUCCUCGCUGCUCAGGAAAUGGGAUAUCUUGUGAUGAACCGCCAGUCAAAAACGAUUACUCUCCGGACUCAACCCAACGGCCCCGAUGAAGCAACCAGUGACGAGGUUUACGAGAUUUUAGACGUGAUCGAGUUCUCCAGUGCACGAAAACGCAUGUCCGUCGUCGUCCGCAUGCCCGAUCGCCGCAUCUGUCUGUUCUGCAAAGGAGCCGAUACGACCCUUAUGCGUCUAUUGAAGCAAGCCACACUUGCACAGGAGAAAGCGAAUGAGAUUGAGCGCCGUGCUAGUCGCCGCAAGGCCGCCGAGGCGACGCAAGUCAUUCGACGCAACAGUGAACACCAUAGUAGGAAAAACAGCGGUGUCCGCAGCAGCAUGACGCGGCCCAGUUUCACGCGUCGACGCUCAUCUAUCACGGGCCAGAACGGUUCUACUCUUCGGGCUAGUAUUGAUGUCUGGCUUAAGGAUCGAGAGACCGAUGGUGGAAUCUUGAACAAGGAGGCUGAUAGCGAGUACUACAGCCCUCGGCCUUCGGCUCAGUUGAGUCGGCACUCUGCUGCGAUUUCUGAUUCGGGAAGUUCUACCAAUGGCGAAGAUGAAGAGGAUCUCGUUGAGGAGGCUCUUGUUGUUGACGAGACUGCCAUUUUCGAGCGCUGUUUCCAGCAUUUGAAUGACUUUGCCACUGAUGGCCUGCGGACUCUUCUAUAUGGUCAUCGUUUCUUGGAUGAAACGACUUACACGAAUUGGAAGACUGCCUACAAUGAGGCUUCCACCAGUAUCGUCGAUCGCCAGGAAAAGAUUGAACAGGUUGGCGAGCAAAUUGAGCAGAACCUUGAACUCACUGGCGCUACUGCCAUUGAGGAUAAACUCCAAAAGGGUGUCCCUGAGGCCAUUGAUAAGCUGCGACGAGCUAAUAUCAAGAUGUGGAUGUUGACUGGUGACAAGCGCGAGACCGCCAUCAAUGUUGGCCACUCGUGUCGUCUUGUGAAGGAGUACUCUACUCUCACCAUUUUGGAUCAAGAGAUUGGUGAUGUGGAACAGAGCAUCAUCGAUCUCAUUGGAGAGAUUACUCGUGGCCGCGUGGCCCACUCUGUUGUGGUGGUGGAUGGCCAGACGCUGUCCUCCAUCGAAAUGAAUGAGCCUAUUCGCGAGCUUUUCUUCCAAUUGGCUGUCAAGGUUGACUCGGUGAUUUGCUGCCGAGCCAGCCCCAAGCAGAAGGCCUUCCUGGUGAAACAGAUUCGGAAGCAUCUCAACGACGCGAUCACUCUUGCUAUCGGUGAUGGUGCCAACGACAUUGCCAUGAUCCAGGAAGCGCAUGUCGGCAUCGGAAUCACUGGAAAGGAAGGGUUGCAGGCAGCUCGUAUUUCGGAUUAUUCGAUUGCGCAGUUCCGCUUCCUUCUCAAGCUACUUCUGGUACACGGCCGCUGGAACUACAUGCGUGCUUGCAAGUACACACUCGGCACCUUCUGGAAGGAAAUGUUGUUCUACCUCACUCAGGCGUUGUACCAGCGCUGGAACGGCUACACCGGUACAAGUUUGUACGAGCCGUGGAGUCUGAGCAUGUUCAACACACUUUUCACCUCACUGGCAGUUAUCUUCCUCGGCAUCUUCACCAAAGACCUUUCAGCAUCAACUCUGCUCGCCGUGCCGGAACUCUACACCAAGGGUCAAAGACACGGCGGAUUCAAUAUCUGGAUCUACCUAGGAUGGUCAUUCAUGGCAACCUGCGAAGCAGUCAUAAUUUUCUUUACGAUGUACGGCCUCUUCGCCAUGGCUAGCGUGAACCCAAGUGACAACGACAUCUUCACAUUGGGCCUGAUUACCUUCUCCGCCUGCAUCGUGGUGAUCAACCUCAAACUCCAAGCCCUGGAAGUCCACAACAAAACCUACCUCUCCCUAAUCGUGAUCAUAAUCUCCGUUGGCGGCUGGUUCCUAUGGGACAUAAUCCUUGACCAACAAUACACAAUGUCCUCCGGCAAAGGCGUCUACUAUGUACCUCACAACUUCCUCCAACACGCCGGCCACAACCUUCUUUUCUGGACAGUCCUCCUUCUUACUGUGACAGCCGUCCUUCUCUUCGAAUUCGCCGUCAGCACCCUGCGCGCCCUCUUCUUCCCCACAGACGUCGACCUCUUCCAGGAAUACGAACAAGAUCUCGACAUCCGCAAGCGCUUCGAAGAAGCUGCCGCCUCGGAACUCCAGCAGGGCUGGAAUCGCGGCACAAAGAAAUCUUCUUUCGAGAUUGCACGCGAGAACGCCGAUGCCGAAGCCCUGGAGCGUGAGCGCGAAUGCCAUGUUGCGGAAUUGCUGGCUAGACCGCGUGUCAUGACAGAUUCCAAACCUGCGACCCAGGAGCUUGAAAUGGAUGGGUACACCAGUGCUAGUGCCUCUGCCAGCCAGAACGGCAGUGUACCUAGUCGCACCGCUCCUAUCGCCCAAGACACCCAGAGUACUCCUGGACAGGCGCCCGGCACUGCUUCCACCACUGACAGUACCAAUCGUCGUCGCUCAAUCGAAAUCCAGGACCUUUUCAGCAAGGGUUUCGGAACCGUUCGGAAGGGCCAACUCAAGUGA